UCUGUCACAAAAAAAAAGUAAUGGACUCUGAGAGCAAGUUUCAAAAACAAAAAACUUCUCUGCAUGUUUGAAUACACAGAUAAAUUGAUGAGUGUGAACAAUGGUAUUUUUUACAGCGAAUGUGUGCUACACUUUUUAAAGCAUUAAUCUAUAACAGGGGGAGCGCAAAUCCUGGAUAUAGGAAGAAAAUGGGUAAACAUAUGUGUGGAGAUAUUAAAAAGGAAAAAAAAGGUUCCCUAAGGAAAAGGUGUCAUAGCAUAAUAGCAGCAGACCCUUUUUGGAUGUGGAACUGGUAAGGACGAAGAGCAGGUUUGGAUGUCAUUCCAUACUCCUUAGACAUGAUGGUAAUAUUUUCUGUGUAGUUGAUUAAAGGGCUUUACUCAACAAAUUAUAUCUAACUGGGGAGACUUUUUUCACAAUUGAUUUUCUGGAGUGUACUUUCACAGAAUGCUCUGUACACCCCAAUUUGCAUGAUAGAAAGUAAAUUGAGCAAAGGGAAAAUGUGCAUGGGAUGAAGUCCAGAGGAAAUCAAGCACAAGUUUCCAAGAGUCCUCUCCCUGUGGAAUCAUUCACAAUGUACUAAAUUUCUUCCAGCAUUGAAUUGUAACAACAUGUGUGAAUUGUCUACCAGGGGAGCUCAACAGAGACUCAGUGCCCUAGGUUUUUAGUUUAGUUUUUUCCUAGGAGCUGGUCAGGUAGGGAACCUCUCCCUAGCCUAUACCAAAAUUCCAGACUCUCAGAAGGAAAGUAGGUAUUCAGUGUAAACCACAUUGUACAAAUAGCUUAUGCACAGUGAGCCACUCUUAUCAAGGAAUUGUGGAAAUCCUACCAAAAUCUAAGUUUCCAGAUACCAGUCAAGGACUAACCUUGUAUCUUUAUUUGUGCUGCUGUAACAAUACCAGAUUGGGUAACUUAUAAACAAUAGAAACUGAUUUCUCACACUCUUGGAAGCUGGAAAGUCCAAGAACAGGGCACUGGCAGGUUGUGUGUAGUGAGGGCUGCUCUCUGCUUCCAAGAUGGCACCUAGUUGCUGCAUCCUCUUGAGGGGCAGAUGCUGCAUACUAAUGGCGGAAGGGAUGGAAGGGGAAGAGGGGCUUAAACUUUAACAAGGGAACGUCAUCAUUCAAACCAUAGCAUGUUGCAAGCAGGCCUUUGUAAGGAUAGUAGUCUCCAGCCUAUGUUAACUGUUUUCUGUACACGUGGCAUCAGAAAUCCGGUUCUUUCCUUCUUUACUUUCUUUUUAGGUACCACCAGAUAUGAUAUUAGGUCAUCUUUCCUCAAGGUAAUUUGUAACAGAAAACUCAGUAGGUUAAACCAAAAUAAUUUGUUGACACCCCCUCCCCAUAACUGAUAAGACUGUAGGUACCUCCUGAUAACCGGAGUGUUCAGGUUGGUCACAAGAUAGCUGUAGAACCUGGGAACUACCUGGAUUUGGGGCAAGGGAGUGUUGUUUGUUUUUACUUCUAUGGUGAGGCUUUCUAGAGUUUACCAAGAAGAUUCUGUGAUAGGCAAUGGACUUACAUCCCCUUGACCAUGUCUGUCUUCGUCCAUUCAGGCUGCUAUAACAAAAUACCAUAAAUGAGUAGCUUAUGAACAGGAAUUUAUUUCUCACAGUUCUGGAGGCUAGGAAACCCAAGAUCAAGGCGCCAAUAGCUUAAUUGUCUAGCGAGGCCCCCUCUCUGGUUCCAGGAUGGGUCUCCUGGCUGUGUUCACACAUAGCUGACUCCCUGAGGCCACUUUUGUAAGAGCACUAAUCCUAUUCAUGAGGGUUCUGCCCUCCUGAUCUAACUACAUCGCAAAAGCUCCACUUCCCAAUGCCAUCACCUCCGGAGUUAGGAUUUCAACACGAAUUUUGGUGGGGGAGGGGCGAGAGCCCAAACAUCCAGACUGUGGCACUGUCCAAAGAGAAGUGGGGUUCUGAGAAGUGAAAACAGGAGCUCAAGGGAGUUGACAGCUUCUGCAUCAGGGGUCUCCGACAUUAAGGAAGUGUAGUCCCGGAGGGCUGUACUGUUGCCAGUUUUCCUCCUUCCCCCUUGUCCCCCAGCAUUUUUGACGUGUAGCCCAGAGAGCCAUGUAGUCUCACAUACUUAAGCUACAGUAAGGCCAAAUUGUAAAUAUUUUUUCCCUGCGGAAUUCUGGGAAAUGUAGUUCCAAACGCUCCCUGUAGUCGUCGGCACUUCCCACGCUAGGAAGGCAGUGCUGGGGAAUUCUGGGAAGUGUAGUCCCUGAGCUCCUGGUAGUCGCAGGUACUUCCGCCCCAGGAAGACUACGUAGCAGCCAUCUUUGCCUUGGUUUUAGUGAUUCAGAUCUGCUGCAUAGGAACCUUCCGAACUUUCCUGAAAUGUGCUUGAGGCCAACAGCUACCGGACUUUCGUAUGGAGAGAAAAAGGAGGAACAGCUAAAUGCGGAGUCCUGACUUCUCAAAAAAACACCGUUUGGAGGAGGAGGCAGCAGAGGCCCCUUUCUGCCUCCUUAGGACUCUGUGCUUCCCCAGAAGGAAGAAUUAAAAAUGAGUAAGUUCAAGGAAGCAGUGACAUUUAAGGACGUGGCUGUGGCCUUCACUGAGGAGGAGCUGGGACUGCUGGACUCUGCCCAGAGGAAGCUGUACCGAGAUGUGAUGGUAGAGAACUUUAGGAACCUGCUCUCAGUGGAAGAGAACAGUCAAAGUGAGUUAAGGAGUAUUCAAGGUGGAGGAACAAAUGAAGAGCUUUCCUGUUGGAAAAUCUGGCAACAAAUUGCAGACGACUUAACCAGGUGUCAAGACCCCAUGAUAAAUAAUUUUCAGUUUCACAAACAAGGUGAUUUCCCCUUCCAGGUAGGGGUAGGACUGUCUAUUCAAAUUUCUGAAUAUGACAACUAUAUAGUAAGUCAUAAAGCAGAUGGUACCAAUGAUACUGGAAAUUCAGAGAUUCUGACUUUGAGAAGCCAGGAUUCUUUGAGGAAAACUUUCCUGACUAAGUCACAGAAUUAUCAGAAUAGAUAUCAGCAAAUACCCAUGAAAAAUAAAUUAUGUCAGUGUAAACAGGAUGUUGACCCCAUCAGUUGGAUUUCAUGUCAACACGAUGAUUAUAGAGCACGCAAAAGUGAAAAAUUUCAUAGAUCUGAUGAUUAUGGAAAAGACAACAUGAAGAUUUUGACAUUUGAUCAGAAUAACCUGAUUCAUACAGGACAGGAACCUUACCAGUGUAACAAGUGUAAAAAAACCUUCAGUGAUCUUUCCAGCUUUGAUCUUCAACAGCAAUUACAAUCAGGACAGAAGUCUCUUACAUGUGUCAACUGUGGAAAAGGCUGUCAUUAUAGCUCAGUUCAUCCUAUUCGGAAAGUUCACGUGGGAGAAAAACUUAAGUGUGAUGAGGGUGAUAGGGAAUUCAAUCAGGACUCACAUCUACAAAACCAUCAGAAAGUCCAUAUGAUAGAGAAACCAUACAAAUGUAAUCAAUGUGGGAAAGGUUUUAGUCGUAGAUCAGCACUUAAUGUUCAUUGUAAGGUCCACACGGGAGAGAAACCUUAUAAUUGUGAGGAGUGUGGGAGGGCCUUCAGUCAGGCCUCUCAUCUUCAGGACCAUCAGAGACUCCACACUGGGGAGAAACCAUUCAAAUGUGAUGCAUGUGGUAAGAGCUUCAGUCGGAAUUCACAUCUUCAAUCCCAUCAGAGAGUUCAUACGGGAGAGAAGCCAUACAAAUGUGAGGAGUGUGGGAAGGGCUUCAUUUGUAGUUCCAAUCUUUAUAUUCAUCAGAGGGUCCACACAGGAGAAAAACCAUAUAAAUGUGAGGAAUGUGGUAAAGGCUUUAGUCGGCCUUCAAGUCUUCAGGCCCAUCAGGGAGUCCAUACUGGAGAGAAAUCAUAUAUAUGUACCGUGUGUGGAAAAGGCUUUACUCUGAGUUCAAAUCUUCAAGCCCAUCAGAGAGUGCACACUGGAGAGAAACCAUACAAAUGUGAGGAGUGUGGGAAGAGCUUCAGGAGGAACUCCCAUUAUCAAGUUCAUCUAGUAGUCCACACAGGAGAGAAACCCUAUAAAUGUGAGGUGUGUGGGAAGGGCUUCAGUCAAAGUUCAUAUCUUCAAAUCCAUCAGAAGGCCCACAGUAUAGAGAAACCUUACAAGUGUGAGGAGUGUGGGCAAGGCUUCAAUCAGAAUUCACGACUUCAGAUCCACCAGCUGAUCCAUACCGGUGAGAAACCAUACAAAUGUGAAGACUGUGGGAAGGGGUUCAGUCGUAGAGCAGAUCUUAAAAUUCAUUGUAGAAUCCACACAGGAGAGAAACCAUAUAAUUGUGAGGAGUGUGGGAAGGUCUUCAGGCAGGCAUCAAAUCUUCUGGCCCAUCAGAGAGUCCAUAGUGGAGAAAAACCAUUCAAAUGUGAAGAAUGUGGGAAGAGCUUUGGUCGGAGUGCACACCUUCAAGCCCAUCAAAAAGUCCACACUGGAGAAAAGCCAUACAAAUGUGAGGAGUGUGGGAAGGGCUUCAAGUGGAGCCUGAAUCUUGAUAUGCAUCAGAGGGUGCACACAGGGGAGAAGCCAUAUAAGUGUGGGGAGUGUGGUAAGUACUUCAGUCAGGCCUCAAGUCUUCAGCUUCAUCAGAGUGUCCACACUGGAGAGAAACCAUACAAAUGUGAUGUGUGUGUUAAAGUCUUCAGUCGGUCUUCACAACUACAGUCUCAUCAGAGGGUUCACACAGGGGAGAAACCUUACAAAUGUGAGAUAUGUGGUAAGAGCUUCAGUUGGCGAUCAAAUCUUACAAUUCAUCACAAGAUCCAUGUUGGUGAUAAAUCCUAUAAAAGUAAUAGAGGUGGUAAGAAUGUCAGGGAAUCCACACAGGAAAAAAAUUCUAUAAAAUGAUUUUUU